AUGGCCUUGCUCCUGGUCUCUUGGGUGGCACUCCUGAGCUUGGCAUCUGGAUGUCAGCAUCGCCUGUGUCAGUGCACUAACAGAGUUUUCCUCUGCCAAGACAGCAAGGUGACAGAGAUUCCCCCCGACCUCCCCCGAAAUGCAGUCGAACUGAGGUUUGUCCUUACCAAGCUUCAAGUAAUACCAAAAGGAGCAUUUUCAGGAUUUGGGGACCUGGAGAAAAUAGAGAUUUCUCAGAAUGAUUGUUUGGAAGUGAUAGAGGCAGGUGUGUUCUCCAACCUACCCAAGUUACAUGAAAUUAGAAUUGAAAAGGCCAACAACCUGCUGUACAUCAACCCUGAGGCUUUCCAGAACCUUCCCAACCUCCGAUAUCUGUUAAUAUCCAACACAGGUAUUAAGCAUUUGCCAGCUGUUCAUAAGAUUCAAUCUCUCCAAAAGGUUUUACUAGACAUUCAAGAUAACAUAAACAUUCACAUGAUUGAAAGAAAUUCUUUCAUGGGACUGAGUUUCGAAAGUGUAAUUCUAUGGUUGAAUAAGAACGGGAUUCAAGAAAUACACAACUAUGCAUUCAAUGGAACCCAGCUAGAUGAACUGAAUCUAAGUGAUAACAAUAAUCUGGAAGAACUGCCUAACGAUGUUUUCCAGGGAGCCUCCGGACCAGUCAUACUAGAUGUCUCAAGAACAAGGAUCCAUUCCCUGCCUAGCCAUGGCUUAGAAAAGCUUAAGAAGCUGAGGGCCAGGUCAACUUACAACUUAAAAAAGCUUCCAAGCCUGGAAAAGUUUGUUGCCCUCCUGGAGGCAAGCCUCACCUACCCUAGCCACUGCUGUGCUUUUGCAAACUGGAGACGGCAAAUCUCUGAGUUUCAUCCAAUUUGCAAUAAAUCAAUUUUAAGGCAAGAUGAUGAUAUGACUCAGGCUAGGGGUCCAAGAAUGUCUUUAACAGAUGAUGAUGAAACCGGUUAUGGCAGAGGAUUUGACUUGAUGUACAGUGAAUUUGACUAUGACUUGUGCAAUGAAGUGGUUGAUGUGGCCUGCUCCCCUAAGCCAGAUGCAUUCAACCCUUGUGAAGAUAUCAUGGGAUACACCAUCCUCCGAGUCUUGAUAUGGUUUAUCAGUAUCCUGGCCAUCACUGGGAACAUCACAGUGCUGGUGAUCCUGACUACAAGCCAAUAUAAACUCACAGUGCCCCGUUUCCUUAUGUGCAACUUGGCCUUUGCUGACCUCUGUAUUGGAAUCUACCUGCUGCUCAUCGCAUCCGUCGACAUCCACACCAAGAGUCAAUACCACAACUAUGCCAUUGACUGGCAAACCGGAGCUGGCUGUGCUACUGCUGGCUUCUUCACGGUCUUUGCCAGUGAGCUCUCGGUCUACACUCUGACAGCCAUCACUCUGGAAAGGUGGCACACGAUUACCCACGCCAUGCAGCUGGAGUGCAAGGUGCAGCUCCGCCAUGCCACCACUGUCAUGGUGCUGGGAUGGGUCUUUGCUUUUGCAGCGGCUCUCUUCCCCAUCUUUGGCAUCAGCAGUUACAUGAAGGUGAGCAUCUGCCUGCCCAUGGACAUUGACAGCCCUCUGUCACAGCUGUAUGUGAUGGCGCUCCUUGUGCUUAACGUCCUGGCCUUCAUGGUCAUCUGCGGCUGCUAUACCCACAUCUACCUUACCGUGAGGAAUCCUAACAUUGUGUCCUCUUCUAGUGACACGAAGAUUGCCAAGCGCAUGGCCACACUCAUCUUCACUGACUUCCUCUGCAUGGCACCCAUUUCUUUCUUUGCCAUUUCUGCAUCCCUCAAGGUACCACUCAUCACUGUGUCCAAGGCAAAAAUCCUCCUGGUCCUGUUUUACCCCAUCAAUUCCUGUGCCAACCCUUUUCUCUAUGCCAUCUUUACCAAAAACUUCCGCAGGGAUUUCUUUAUUCUGCUGAGUAAGUUCGGCUGUUAUGAAAUGCAAGCCCAAAUUUAUAGAACAGAAACCUCAUCCAUGGCCCACAACUCCCAUCCAAGAAAUGGUCUCUGCUCUUCAGCAACCAGAGUCACCAACAGUUCCAACUACAUACUUGUCCCUCUAAAACAUUCAGCCCACAACUAA